GUUCAAAAUGUAUAGGUUUUAAGAAUUAUAAUAUGGUUCUUUGGGUACAAUGAAAUAUAAGGUCUGAUCGCGACAGACGUCAGAAUAUGAACUAAAAGACAGAAGAUCCGACGCUGCGAAGGGAUUCUCGCGUAGAUUCUGUGUUCGAUGAAGGGCUGCUUUUUUCUUAUCUAAAAAGGUAAUCUCUGACCUCGCGCCACUGCAAAAAAGAUCGACGGAAAGAAUAAAAUUAUGGACCUCGACGAAGGCGCGGCGGACUACGGCCAUCCUCGUGACGUCGCGAGCUACGACUGGCAAAAUGGCGACUACGACGAUCGCUACGACGCGAUUGACAGUCCGAAUUUGACCGGGAAAGAGUCGGAUUCGCCUAGAGAUGAGAUCGAAGGGUACGGCGAGAAGGGAUCUCGAGUUAGAACUUUUCGGCAGGCGCCGCCCCAAGGCCAUGAUUACGGCGUUCAGUAUCGAAACCCCAAGGUCCGCUUACCUAGGCCGAAUUCACCUCAUCGCAAACUACUCCAUAGUAGUACUAUAGCACGCCACGUGUCGGACUUGUACCCUCCAAGGGCCCAACUGUAUCCUCCGCAACCAUGUGCCCAAGAUCAAUACCAGACCGAACCAUUCGACAGCCAACACCCACCCAGGGUUUUCCUCGGAAGAGAUGGACGCCUCUACAAAGCGGAACCUGGAUACCAGAAGACGAUCGCGGGGAAGAGGUAUCCCGUGACGGUGAAGACCUCCAGGUACUCCACCAAAAGACCAAUGACGUCACCGCUGAAUAAGAAAACUUCGAUGGUUUGCCUGCCGUCCACCUUCAGGGACGACCAAUACCGCAGCUACUCGACAAAGCCGAAGAUAUUUCACCAGAUCGAUGCCGGAUACGACGUCGUGGAUUCCCAUCCCAUUCAUUCGCAAGAAGAUGCGAAUCCCGCCGUUGGUGAGGCCGAAAACCAAUGCUGCGAGUACGCUGAAAAUCCGAUUUUGCGAAAUGGUGACAACUCGAUCAAACAAUUUGCGAAGUAUCUGAAACCGAAGGUACCGGCCUCGAUACGGGCCAGGCAAGAUAGAAACGCAAAAAUUUCAACGCCUGAUGGCACGAACGGUCCGCCAGGCAAUGAUUCUAUGGUCAAUUUGGACCACGUUGAUCGCGCGGAAGACAGUUCGCUCCACCACAGCGACGAAAACAAAGACGAAGGCAGAAUAAACAUUCAGAAAACGCAGAAAGACGACUUAACAAGAAGCUUCAAUUAUGAAACGAUUGCCCGGAAAAUUGUUCCGCUGAAACGCAACCCUUCCAAGUCGAUCUCGUACCUCCCGCAAAAGACCACUACGUCCCUGACCACCUCCCUGGACAGGAAACCAUCGGUGAGGUCAUUGAAGGUGUUGGAUGACCACGGAGCGCUAGAGCUUCACCGGUGCAAGAGCUACAUCGUCGACUUGAUAGAUCGCGCCCUAAGCAGGGAACUUGGGACGGUUCCCAGGGACACGAAGUUGGAUAGGCGUAUGAGUCCGAAGAAAGCGAUAGAUGCCAUCGGACACCACAGCAGCGCCCCCUUGAAAAACGAACUUUGCUAUGAAGUUACCGCCGCGCUGGCCGACUCGUUUGUUUCCUCGGCGACCGCCCCCAGAGGGGGCGAAGAGCAGGGAGACGAACCGGAUCCGAAGAACAAAAUUUGCCCCUGCACCAGUGAAAGUUCCCGCGAAAAGUAUUUUAAGCAGCUGAGGCAUCUGCGCUGGGGUCACAUCAAGCACAUACAGCACGAGGUCAGAAGAUUGGCCGAUCUCGAAGAAUUCCUGGACAAGAUCGACGAGUCGGAAUUUUAGAUAAACUUUUUUUUUCAAAAAAAUUAUGCUUUUUCUUUGACUACGUGGCAAUACGUAAAACAAUUCCGACACAACAAUUAUCAAAACACGAAAAAUGAGGAGGCAUCCAAAAAUAUUUGUGACCUGUAUCUGAUUUUUUUUAAUAAGUAAACAAAAAAAUUUUGUGAUUUUUUUUAAGUUAAAAAAAUGAUUUCUGACUAAGAGAAUAUGGUAACUGC